GCCUCCCGCCCUCUUUUUCGCGCGUGUUAUUGACGGCACGCGGCGCUGCGUGACUGCGUAUCAGUGUAACUUCCGCACAAUAUGAACAGGACAAACAGAGACCACUGCUAAGCGUUUACGCAGUAGUUAUCACAAGAGUUGGACAAAAUGUCGGAUUCAGACUCUGAUUCUGACUGUGGUGGUGAAUGGAGUUACAGAGAACGGAUGAGCGCUAGAUUUAUGUCCACAACUGAUGACAUCAUCGCCCUCCGUCCAUCAGAGGAGGUUUUUGAACGAUGGAGCCGUAUUUCUGUCGACACUAGAAAAGAGGCUGGAAAGCGGAUGAAGGUCUGUGCCUUCUGGCUUCCCAUUUUUCUGCAGCGCGAUGAGUCCAGCCCUAUGGCUUGCUGGGCUUUACAGAUCGGCCUAAUCGACUCAAAUGGUGAUCUAAGCUUGAAGCACCUGCCCAAGAUAGAAACACUGGAAGCAAUCCUCAGAGCCUUGGAGAAAGGAACUUUAAAAAAGGACCAAACAAAGCAUGUUUUCUGGAUAAGCAACAUGUUUAACUUGCGUUCCCCAGAGGUUUUGGAGGAUGCGUUACACUGGUUGGAGAGAACAGGAGAACCUGAUAUUCGCCAUCGUCUUGUACAUCUUGGCCAUGCACACACCUGCUUCACAGCCCUGCAUUUUAUCUUCACGGAGUUUGCUAAGUAUAUUCAGGAUAUGGGUUCCAACUUGGAGAGGACGAUGAAGGCACUGAUGGCUCGACCAUCUGAUCAUCAAGUAGAGAAAAGUGAAGAAAUGAAGAAGAAAGGAAAUGACAACUUCCAGAAACAGCAGUAUGAAGAUGCUGUGAGGUUUUAUUCUAAAGCUAUCAAAUAUUACCCUGACAACCACAUGAUCUAUGGAAACCGAGCCCUAUGCUAUAUACGAUGUAAAAAGUUUCUAAAAGCAGUUGGUGAUGGAAAACGUGCAAUUCUGAUAAAACCACACUGGGCAAAGGGUCACUACCGCUACUGUGAGGCUUUGUUCUCCAUGGGAGAGAUCCAACUGGCUCUUGAGGCCAACGAUUCAGCCCAGAGUCUGUGUAAAGACGACCAAGACGGAAUCAAAGACCUUGAACAACAACACCUGAAAUUCACCACUCACGCUGAACAAUUGCGAGCAAUGAAAGACCCAAAAGUUGGACGGGCUAAGAAAACUCCCAUUAAAAAACUGGACGGCACUAACCGAGCAGAUUCAGUGGACUCACGACAACAGCCUUUAAAAAGUUUUAAGAACAUUGCUCCACAGAGUAAGGUCCCAGAGGUUAAAACCAACAAGCAAACUGUGAAAAAUGAAAGGACCGCACAGGCAGAGGGCAGCACGAAAGACUCUAAACCACCAAAAAGUGACUUUUCUACAAAGAACGGGAAAGGAGAUUCCAGCACCACCACAAAGAAGAAACCAAAGAACAGAAAUUGUCAGUCUGAAGAUGAGAAAGAUCAGUCUCGUUGUAUCAAUCCCUCGCACUCUAGUUCCGUUCACAACCAGAAAGUGGAUGAUGGUAAAGCAGGUGUGCGUAAAGAGUUGAGAUCUAUGGUGCAGGAUGCCCAUACUGCUCUGGCCGACCUCCGCAGCCGUAAUGCAGAGCAGGCCUUCAGCCAGGCGCUGGCCCUGGUGGAAACCAGCACACCCAAGGAACUUGGAUUUUCCACACUGGAUGUACUGUUGUUACUUUAUGGCCGCGCAUCAGCCCUGACAGAAAUCGGCCAGCCUGAGGAACUUGGUGAAGCACAAAAACUUCUGGAGAAGAUCAAAUCAUAUGAAGUGAGGACGUUUCAGUGUCUGGUUUUUUAUGCCAUCGGGAGGGUGUAUGUGAAAGAGAACAGGUUUGCAGUUGCUCUGGAGCAGUUUUCAGAUUCCCUGCAGAUGGUGAAGAAUCAAAUAACACCGGGUAAACUGACCUGGCCUUUAACAAAAGAGAUUGUCAAAGAAACCCAGCCAGACUAUUUCAAGGAAAUCCUGGAGAAUGCUAUAGAGCUGUGCAAAUUUCCUCCUACUCCUGACGCCAUUUGUCGACUUGAGAAAUGCCUCGGCCAUUUGAAAGCUGAAAUCUACUUCACUGACCCAGAUUUCAAGGGCUUCAUUCAAAUAUGCUGCUGUAAGAACUGCAUCAUUGAAUACCAUUUGGCCUGCUGGAAGACCCUCAAGACAUUGUCCUUCUUUGAAAAGAAUGAAAAGGAUAUCCUUCAGGAGUCCUGUCUGACACCGGACUGUGUCGGCCAAAUCUGUAGUAUCAAAAUCUUUGGUCCAACAGGCCUGGUGAAAUGUAAGUUUGAAGCUGCCAUCUCCAAACCACAGACUCCGAAGAAGCCCAAAGUGAAUCAGAAAUGUACAAGUCUGAAGAAGUUAAAAUCAAAGGAAGAGCACAAGCUCAAGAGGAGGCAGCAUAAACAGUCAUUUCAAGAUAAGCAGGCGAUCAACGAUGACAUUCUGCAACAGAAAGAUGAGUCAGCAUCCCAGAGUCAACAGAAAGCCUGGUUGCUGUACAGGGAUCGAGUUCUUCUGCAGAUCAGCCAGAACAUGGAGCUGCUGAGGGAGGAGAAGGGCCUCCACGUGUCUGCACUGACCAGCAGUCUGAAGCCCUGGCUGGAGCUGGACUCGUCGAGGGGGAACCAGGUUGCUAGGAGGAUACUGAACUGGCAGCAGGAGCCGCUGGAGACUCUGUGUCAGGCCGUUGAGCUGCUACUAGAGAGGAAGAACCGUGUUUGGGCUCGUAUCCUCAUCCAACUACUCAGUAACUGUCUGGAAAUUAAUCCUAAACUCAACAAGUGGGCGUGCCAGCUCAACAACGCAGGUCUGACGGCCGCCAAAUCCUUCAUUGAGCGCUACUCAGGACACUUGGAGCAGCUGGACUUGGCUUUUUUGCUGAACUUUGGCCCAUUACAGGAUGUGAUUAUAGAGAAGCUCGGUACUAGGCCAGAGCUUUUUUCAAGCAUUGGCUUGACUGUGACUGAAUACCUAAAACAGGCCCCACCUCAUGACAUGAGACUCUUUAUCUGGACUCUGGAGGAGCAUAGAGAUGAGUAUGACUCCUGCCACUCUAUACUGGAUGAUUAUUUUGAUAUGAUGGAUGGACAUUGUUCAGUCUUAAAAAAGUCUGAUGAAAGUCAAAAUAAUUCUCCUAUCAAGAGUCGAGGCCGGAAAAAGAAACAGAAAGAGGCAAAGGGUGUUAUUGUUGUGUCAGGGAUGAGAGCUGUAACUCCAAGAGAUGAAUGGGACCAAGACUUUUUUGAAGAUGACUCUUUAUCAUUCCUUCACCCUGGUGAUCCAUUCAGUGUCCCUGGUCACCUUCGAGAUCAGGUGGCCAAUUUUGAGGAGCAGUACAACGGCACGAGACAGAGAAGUCACUAUAAAAAUGUUUUGGACAACAACCCCGACCCAACGAAAGAGAGUUUGUACGACUACUUUGCUCAGAUCUUGGAGGAGCAUGGUCCCCUGGUUGCUGAGGACCCUCUGCUGGUGGGUGAACUGGAAAAUUUCCCUGCUGAGGCUCAGCUGAAGAUCCAAGAAGCGGGUGGCUUCGAGCCCUUCCUCCUGGACUCCCUUCGCUUCAUAAAAAUGGGGAGGUGUAUCGGCCUGACUAGGCACGCAGUUUCCCUGCAGCAGGCUGGACAUGGAGCCAGCCUGGACGAUCUUGAUGUGAUAGUGGAUCCUAACAUUAACUCUCAAUCUCCUGAUUUGCAUGCGGAUCUUGACACCGCUUUCACAAGCUAUGUGGAUAGUUAUUCAUCCGCACAGACUGAAGUCUAUCCUAUCCUCCCAAGUCCUUAUGUAUUUGGCUCCCAGCCUCCUCCACUUGGCCAGUCAGCUACUGGAGUUACUCUGGCAGGGAAUGAUCUCUUUCCCCACUGGACAAAUGGUGAAAGUCAACAGCAAGAACAAUACUAUUUACCUUAUGAGUAUGAGGAGCUGGACCUAUAUACCAGUGAGUUUGAAGGCAGAGUUUUUGAAAAUGAUCCAUCUUCACCUGAUGUCGCAUCAAUGAUGACUGAGGAAAGCUUUUUAAAGAAACAUGCAUCAGCACAGACAUGUCAGGAGACAAUGAGGAGUGUCGCGGUGAAUACAGAACUUCAUGAGCGCUUUGAGAGCUGCCAAGGUGACAUCAACAAAAAGCAAAAGAGCAACAUGAAGUUUGAGCAGCAGAUCAAGGAAAUGAAAACCGGCAGUGACAAAGUCAAUCUAAGGCACGCAGAAGACAUCGCCUUCCUUGAGGAAGACGUACAGAAGAUCACUGCCAACAUACAAGUGACCAAUAAAGAGCUGGCCCUGUUCCAGCAGAAGCUAGAAGAGGAAGUGAAGAAGGACCAGAAAGAGAAGAAAGCCAACCAGGAAGUACUGAGGGUCCUCAAGCUGGAGAUGGAAGAGUUGGUGGAGGAAUGCGGGAGGCUUGACCGAAACAUCAGAGAGAAGAAAAGCAGCUAUGAUGCCAAGUUGAAUUAUUUUCUAGAGCUGAGCAAUCACUCAGCAGCUGAGAAGAUGAGUCUGGAGGACGAGAUCCAUCACUGUAAGGUCUUGUUUACCUCGUCUACCAGGAGGUCUCACACAGCUCAGUUGUCUGUCAUGGAGAGUAGUCGGGAUCAGGGUUUGUACGAUCUCAACAGAGAGCUGGCAAAUGCCAAGGCUUUGCUGACCAAACUGGACGAAGCAGCACACAGAUUCCCAACCCAAGACCUGGAAAUGGCAAGAAGCAGCUGUAGAGCCGAUGUUCAAGAAGUUGAAAAGAAAAUUGCCACUGCUGAGGCUCAGUUCCAGGAGCAAAUAGAUCAAGUGAAGAACGGCAGAAGAGUCAGCGAGCUGCUACCAGUCAGCAUCAACGACCAGCCUGAACCUCCACUGUCUGCAGCAGCCAGAGAACUUGUCCCUUCGUCAUCAGCCCAGUCCUCCCACAGCUCUCCUCCGCUCACCCAGCAGUCUGCAACUGAGCCGGAGCGGCCGGUGGCUCAGUUGCAGCACAAACCUCCGACCAGGACUCUGGAGCCUCCACACAGCACUGUGUUUGACAAAGCCAUGGAGCGCCUGGCCACCAUGUUCCCUGACUAUACAAGGACAGACUUGAUGAGAUUUGUCCAGGAGUUUCGUUCAACCAGCGGUGGAAGUUUUAGCAACAUGGCGCUGCAGGAUAUGGUCGGCGGAGUGACCCAACUGAUCCUUGACAAUCAGGAGAAGCUUAAUUCUGCUGCCAAAUCAAAAACCGGGGGAUAUGUGACCCCUCCUUACGUGACCCCAGUUUGGCAACCACUCGGACCCCAGAGACCCACACAGUCCAACGCGCUGAACGUUGAGGAUCCUUGCAUCAUCUGUCACGAUGACAUGAAUCCAGAGGACGUCUGCGUGCUGGAGUGCAGACACGGCUUCCACAACGAGUGUAUAAGGUCGUGGCUGAAGGAGCAGAGCACCUGUCCCACCUGUAGAGAUCACGCAUUACUGCCUGACGAUUUCCCCGCGCUGUCUGGAAGGAGACGCCAAGCCCUGUGAUGUCUUAACCCUAUCACCCCCACUCCAUCCUUCACUACCUACACGUCUGCUUUUAUCUUUUUAUUUUUUAACUGCUUAUUUCAUUAAAAUGAAAAGCAUAGACUAAGUUUUUUUUGUAUUGUUGAAAAUGAUUAGACAUGCGGGGGAAACAUCAAAUUAUACUUUCAAUAAACGAAGGUCUUGUGUUUGA